AUGUCGGAAAUAUGGGAAGCUCUGCGCAAACGAGCACGGUCCGCAGAAAACAGCAUCGACGUCAAACUGGUAUCACUGAACAAAUUAAAUUCCCACGCAGGACGACUAGAUAGUGAUGAGAAGUCAAUAUCCGCUCGUCAAGCUCUGUUCAAUACGCUGACUCAAGAGAUAGAGGGAUUGUUAGCGAAACUCACGCACGUCAAUGAUGAGAUGAAUGAUGUUGUUGGAGCGCAGAGUUCAGCUGGAUGGGCAAUGAAUCCAGCAGUUCAACAUACCCUUCGAAGGCAUCGCGAAAUUUUGCGAGACUAUGGUACGGAGUUUCGUAGAGCACGCGAUAAUGUGGAACAGCAGUUGCAGAGAGAGUCUCUGCUCUCAGGGGGUGUUAGCGGAACCAGUCAGGAUGGAUCUUGUCUCAACAAUCGCCUAAAAGGCUCGGACUUAUACCUGAAAGAAAAUGAACAUAUCAAUAGCUGUGACCGCCUGAUCGAUGAGCAAAUGAGCAUAGCAAUGGCUACUAAGGAGAAUUUGCAGCGACAAAGUAUGAGCCUGAGAGGGAUUGGCAAAAGAAUGGACACUCUGGCUAAGAAAUACCCGAUGAUCAACAAUGUUAUGCAAAAGAUUCAGUACAAGAAGCGAAAGGACGCUGUAAUUAUGGCAGCAGUGAUAGCCUGCUGCUUAAUAUUUGUAUUCUUCUAUCUGAAAAGCUGA